GGGUCUACCCUCCGCCUCGCCACACCACCAGCAGCCGUGGUCUGUGUGCGUGUGUGUGUAUGUGUAUGUGUGAGUGUGUGUGUGUGUGUGUGAGAGAGAGAGGGAGCGGGGGGAGCGAGAGAGAGUAGGAUCCUACCUAUCAAGCACGUUUUACAUGUAUCCUCGCCGAACCGACACACGAGAAAAAUGCCGGGCUAAGUGAGGACGUAGGGGAACCAGCCGGACCACGCCGCUCGGCUUCUUGUCUUUUUCGUCUGUGAACUGGGGAUACGCGAUCGCCCACAGAUAUGUCGGGCAAUAUAGAGAACAAGCAAGAGGGGACGCGCUCCCACCUCUCCUCCCUCAAGCUGUCCACCAUGAAGCUCAUGGACAAGUUCCACUCCCCCAAGAUCAAACGCACACCCUCCACCAAAGGCAAGCCCCCCUCCCCAGAACCCCCGGCUCCCGCCCCAGAGAAACCAGUCAACAAGAAGGUGUCUCGUCUGGAGGAGCAGGAGAAGGACGUGGUGAGCGCGCUGCGCUACUUCAAGGCCAUCGUGGACAAGAUGGCCGUGGACGCCAAAGUCCUGGAGAUGCUCCCUGGCUCAGCCAGCAAAGUCCUGGAGGCCAUCUUACCUUUGGUGCAGGGGGACACCCGCUCACACAACAGUUCGGCGCUGUCCUCCUGUCAUAACCGUGUGUAUCAGAGUCUGGCUAACCUGGUGCGCUGGUCCGAUGAUGUCAUGUUGAAGGGGAUUGAUCUGAGUGACAAGGAGACCGUGACAACGGUCACCACGGUGAUCAAAGCUGUGCUCGAUGGGGUGAAAGAGCUGGUAAAACUCACCAUUGAGAAACAGGAACAGCCUUCACCCACAUCCCCUAAACCCGCACCUCCAAUGGCCAAAGCAGAGAGCAUGUGUCUUCCAGAGCGGGACAUGAGCAAGACCACACCUGUGACCACGCCCUCUGAGAGCUUGACGGACAUGUCAGAGGAGGAGGCUCCACCCAAACCCCCCCUCCCUGGACCUAAACUAGCUGAGCACAGUAUCCCGAUUCUGCCCCCUAAGAAGCGCGAGUCGUUGCCCGCGCUCACGCGCAUCGCCGUGGUGGCACCCAUGAGCCGAGCUGCCAGUGGUAGGAGUUUACCGCCCGGAGCCUUCAAACAGUUACAACAGCAGGACCAAGAGGCGGAGCUACUGCAGAGACGCUUAUCGGCCGACAGCCAAUCGUACAGCAGCGACUCCCCGUGCCUGUCAUCCUGCGGCAUCAUGGGUAAACUGAGCCAGUCAGACGAGCAGCUCCCUGCGCUAGAGAGGGACAGUGGGCAGUGCUCCCGAAACACCAGCUGUGAAACGCUGGACGGCUACGAUCCCGACUACGACUUCCUGCAUCAGGACCUGUCCGUGCUGGAGUCGCUGCCUCCGUUCCCGGUGCCGGGCGGCGGCGGCGGUUCGCUGAGCCCGCUCCCCGAGUGCCUGAGCGAGUGCGGCUCUCCCCCGCCGGGCCCCCCUCCUCUCCCCCCCCUGCCCCCCUCCCUCCGCACCUCGUCGUCGGGCGCCCUCCUCCCUCCGCCGGCCCUGCCGCUCAAGAAGCGGCGCAGCGUGCCGGUCAUCUCCAUGCACGGCCUCCGCUUCGCGCCGCACCUCUACCACAGCCAGUCGGAGGAGUGGGACGGCGGGACGGACCCGGACCCGGACCGGCCGCCCACGCCGCCGUUCCCGCUGCUCACGCCGCUGUCGCCCAUGCCGCUGCUCAACGGCGGCGUCUUCACCAGCCAGUACGCCCACUCGCCCGUCGGGGGGGACCCGCGCACCGACAGCCCCCCGCCGCUACCGGAGAAGAAGAGCCGCACCAUCCUGCAGUACAUGGCGUUUAUGGAGGACUACUCGGAGCCGCAGCCGUCCGUCUUCUACCAGACGCCGGCCAGCGAGACCAUCUACGAGCACCGGCUGCGCCGCCUGCAGGAGGUGUGCGGCAUCAGCGAGAGCUACGGGGGCGAGCAGGCGCAGGGGGUCACCCAGGGGCAGACGCAGGGGCAGACGCAGGGGCAGACGCGGCCCUCGCCACCGCCCGCCCUGCCGCCCAAACAGAGGCAAAUGAGUGAAAGUGCAAUUGAUGAGGGAGGAGAGGGGGAAUAUGUCAACCUGUAUUCCAAUGGAAAUGACACACCCCACUCAGCAGCAGUGAGCCUAAUAGACGAUAUUCUUCCAACCCCGAGAAUGUCCUCGUCAAGUAGCAGAGGGACAAUGACCAAAGAGAGGGCUGUGGACUUGUCGGAGGAUGUUGAUGAACUCUCCCUCAUUGACCACAAAGACAUCAUGAGCCGCAUCACAUGCAAACAAGAGAAUGAUGACGGGCCUGACGUAAGGGCUGGCUCUGUUGACAUACUGCUAGUCCACGCCACAGAGACUGACCGCAAAGACCUGGUGUUGUACUGCGAGGCGUUUCUGACCACGUACAGAACCUUCAUCACCCCAGAGGAGCUCAUCAAGAAGCUACACUACAGAUAUCCUUGCCUGAGCCAGACACACUUAACCCUUUCCAUUUCUGUGUACGGUGUGUGUGGGUGUGUUUAUCAGUGUGUAUUCCUUCUUGACCCCCUCCGCACAUAUACCCGCUUCUGCCACAGUCCUGACACCUUCAAGAAACGCGUCAGUAAGAACACUUUCUUCGUGCUGGUGCGCGUCGUGGAUGAGCUCUGUCUGGUGGAGCUGACGGAGGACAUCCUGCGUCAGCUGAUGGAGCUGGUGUUCCAGCUGCUGUGUAACGGCGAGCUGAGCCUGGCGCGCGUGCUGCGCUCCAACAUCCUGGACAAGGUGGACCAGAAGAGGCUACAGAGGCACGUCCACACCCACGCACCGCUGUCCACGCGCAUGGUCUCCGCCAGGCCAGGCACACUCCAUGAUUUCCGAAGUCAUGAGGUUGCUGAUCAGCUCACUCUUCUGGAUGCAGAGCUCUUCUAUAAGAUUGAGAUCCCUGAGGUUCUCCUCUGGGCGAAGGAGCAGAAUGAGGAGAAGAGCCCCAACCUCACCCAGUUCACGGAGCACUUCAACAACAUGAGCUACUGGGUGCGCUCCAUCAUAAUACAGCAGGAGAGAGCACAGGACAGGGAGAAACUUCUGCUCAAAUUCAUCAAGAUCAUGAAGCACUUACGGAAGCUGAACAACUUUAACUCGUACCUGGCCAUCCUGUCGGCUCUGGACUCUGCACCAAUCAGACGUCUCGAAUGGCAGAAGCAGACCUCUGAGGGAUUAGAGGAGUACUGUACAUUGAUUGACAGCUCCUCAUCAUUCCGAGCGUAUCGUGCGGCUCUGUCUGAAGUGGAGCCUCCUUGCAUUCCCUACCUUGGGCUCAUUCUCCAGGACCUGACCUUUGUUCACCUGGGCAACCCUGACCUGGUCGAAGGGAAGGUCAACUUCUCAAAGCGCUGGCAGCAGUUCAACAUUCUAGACAGCAUGAGACGCUUCCAGCAAGUCCAUUACGAGCUGAGGCGGAACGAUGACAUCAUCUCAUUUUUCAACGACUUCACGGACCACCUGGCCGAGGAGGCAUUAUGGGAGCUCUCACUGAAGAUCAAGCCCCGCAGCAAGAAGGUGCCCCGUGAGGAGAAGACCUAGAACCCGCGGUCCGGAACCCUAGGAACCCCCACAUCCCCCCCACACCCUCCUACACACACAGCUAAAUCACAUGAACACAGAGGACUACUGAGGCAAACUAAAAGACUCUUCUGAAAGAGACAAGACUGUUGUUUUAUAAAGCGACUCUUCUCGAGGAGAAAGCUUAUCCUUUUCUGAUUGACAGGAGGGACUCCUGCUGUGGCAGAAGAGCCUGAGCGACAAAAACUUUAUCCUUUAACACACCUUCUCUCUCUCUCUCUCACUCACUCACUCACUCACUCACUCACAUACACACACACAGAGGACAAAUGUGGAUGAAAAGUACUGGAGUACUCCUAUAGACUGUUUUCUUGAACUCCUUGUUGGACAACACUGUGACCGCAGCAGUGCACUCACACUCAAAGCUGAAACUUGUUUGGAACCUGGAAUGGACUGGAACUGAUUUUAAACUGGAUUUAAUGGAGUGAGUGUGUGUGUGUGUGUGUGUGUGUGUGUGUGUGUGUGUGUGUGUGUGUGUGUGUGUGCGUGCGUGCAUUUCCGUGUGUGUGUGUGUGUGUACAGUAACUGUACACGUCACCAUGAGUAAAUAUACUUAUGUGAAGGUUUACAAACUGUGUGGGAUUGCAGACUAUAUGAACAUAGGGAAGACUGUAUAUUUCUGAGUUUGUAAUCUUGCCACUUGCUGUAGAAUACUGAAGUCUUAACUUCUCUCUGACAUGAAAUAUGCACUCACAUUCACCCACCUGUGAGGAGCUAGUGGGCCAAGCUUGUAUAGGACACAUACCAGCAUUAUGCCUCUGGCGGAUCGUGUGUGUGUGUGUGUGUGUGUUUGUGUACGAGAGACAGGGAGGGAGAGAGGAAUUGUGUAUAAGCAAGUGUAGGUAAGGAAGCGUGUGUGUGUUUAGAGGCAUUGUGUCUCAUCAGACAUGAAAGCCACGUUCACUGUGCUCUCUUUCACAAAUAAAACACUCCACUCUUUCCCAAAUGUUGUGUGUUUGUGUGUGUGUUUGUCAAAGAAUUGUAUGCAUUCAGUGCAACAGCUGAGAAUAUGUGA